UUUAGAAAGCGAGAGGUUUUGUGAAACAGUGGAAGAUACUGCAAAAAUAGUGUUCUCUGAUAAAGAUUCAAGGAAUAGCAAAAUUUCAAGAGAGACUAUAAUGGGGACUAUUAUCAUUCCGAGAAAAAUAAACAUACAAAUUACCCCACGUAAAAUGAUGGCAAUAAGUGAGUUAGAGAGCGAAAGCAUUCUGAUGCAGUGUAAAAUCAAGGAAAAAGGAAAAACCACUCUACAAAAAGACGUAUUUAAAAUAGCGAAAACCAUGAUGAAUACGCUUAAAAAGAUCUUAAAAAAUAUGAAGCUUCUACGCGAGUUUACGUUAUUGGUGAGACAGCCCAACAGAAGUAAGGUAGUGAUCAGACGCCAACAGUUAAAAGAGAAUAUAAGAAAUUUGAAGACGGAAAUUGAUAAAUUCCACAAUACGUUGAAAUCUUUGGAGGAUUUCGAAUGUACGUUUAAUCGUACUGCAGACACGUAUAACAGCACGCAAAAGUGCGAUUGGCAAAACGAUCAUAUCUUAAUCAGAUUCUGUGUAUACAUUCAAGAGGUGGCGAAGACGAUGAAGACGUUGGACGAGUUGUUCCAAAACGUAAGGUUAUACAAGUCAACUGUUGGAGUGAAGAGAAUCCUUAUUAAAAAUAUAUUCGCACCUCCGAGCGCAUAAGAAAAUAACACAAUUUUAUAAAGAAAGUGAAUCACAAUCUUAUAGA